AAUGAUACACUCUGCAUUGUUUCACCAUCCUCUGAGUUUCCCAAAGGAUUAUUCACAGAACAGGAGAGAAAAGAUGGUGGGAUUGUCAUUCAUUUCCUAGUCAUACUAUACAUGUUUCUGGCUGUGUCCAUCGUUUGUGAUGGAUACUUCAUCCCUUCCCUAGAAAUCAUCAGUGAACGCCUUGGCCUCUCCCAGGAUGUGGCUGGAGCUACUUUCAUGGCCGUGGGAAGCUCUGCACCAGAAUUCGUCACUGCAUUUCUAGGUGUGUUUGUCACCAAAGGGGACAUUGGAAUCAGCACUAUUGUUGGAUCGGCUGUAUACAACCUCCUUGGGAUAAGUGCUGCUUGUUGUUUAUUAUCAACUGCGAUAGCAAGGCUGUCUUGUUGGCCCUUAUUUCGAGACUGUGUGGCAUAUGCAGUCAGUGUAGGAGCAGUAAUUGGAAUAACUUUUGACAACAAAAUUUAUUGGUAUGAAUCUGCUUCAUUGCUUUUGGUGUAUGCACUCUACAUUGCGAUGUUGUGCCUUGAUAUUCGAAUUAGUCAGUACAUGAUGAGGAAGUUAAGUCCUUGCUGUAGAUGUUUUGCGGAGGCAUUAGAAGAGGGUACUGAGCAGCAGCCCUUGCUGGGUUGGAAAGAGGAGAGCGUACGUGUAGUUCGCCAUCAUUCCCGCUCAGAUAGUGGUAUCUUUCAGGAAGACUCGGAUUAUUCUCAGCUCUCAAUGAGUUUACAUGGACUUAAUGAGCUUUAUGAAGAUCCUCCAAGUGUGUUUGCAAUGCCUGACGAAGAUUUGAAAAGAAUAGUCUGGAUGGUGACCAUACCUGUCCUGACCUUGGCUUAUCUCCUGGAUUUCCUUUUUGUCUCCUGA